GGUAUAAAUACCGGGGCGCGGGGCGGGCGAGCUAGAGAGAGCGGGUGGGCAGGGCGCCUGCCGAGCGGCGAAGCGGCCCGGCUACCUCCAGCCAUGUGGGCUGGGCUAGGGCUAGCCCUGACCCUCUGUCUCCUCCCAGGAGGAGGAACAGAGCAUCUGGGUCAUUGUAAAGGACCUCCAGAAUGGAGUAUUGGGGAGGAAAAUCCCAUGCUGAACUCAAGAGGGUUGGUGACAGUGGUUGCUCUACUCCAGGCCAGCUGAUACACCUGCCUUUUGCAGGCUUCUAGACUUGAAGACCUGCAGCUGAAGCUGGCAAGUGAUGGACUGAUCAACGUCUCCUUCAUUGUGGUCAAUCACCAAGAACACCAUUCCCGGCUGAAGUAUCAACAUCUAAGAGAAAAGGUUUCGGAAGACAUUCCAGUAUACCAACAGGAUCCAAUGCAACCUGAUGUCUGGACCAUUUUAAAAGGCAAAAAAGAUGACUUCCUGAUUUAUGACAGGUGCGGUCAUCUUGUUUAUCACCUUGGAUUACCUUACACUUUUCUGAGUUUUCCAUAUGUGGAGAAAGCCAUUCAAGUCGCCUAUUGUGAAACCACUUGUGGAAAUUGCUCAUACACGACACCUGAAAUUGAAGAAAUAUGUAGAAGAAUCUCAGAGAAUCCAGAAGAAAAGCAAACUGAGGCAGCUUCUCCUGCCUCACAGUUGUCUCUCAGUGAGCACCAUCGUCAUCGUCAUCAUCAGAGACAUCAUCACAAAAAAGGGGGUCAUCAACAUGGAUCAGCACAGAACAGUCAGCGUAACAGCAGAGUCUUGGAGAAGGUCCGGCUGGAUAGCCAUGAUCCUGUAGAAGCUGCCCCUCUGCCAGCAGCUGUACAGGCUCAUUUGCAAAGGGACAGGCUCUGACAAAACAGGAAUGGCAUCUGCAAGCGACUGUUGAGCUGAAACUUGCAGCACUUGGCAGGGCCCAUCUCCAGUAGCUGAUGCUGACACUGACGACACUUGUUGUUUGAAGAUCAUCAUAGCACAGCUUCCUGACACUGUCGCGGAGAGCUCCCAUCCUCCUGCAGGUGACAAGGGCAGCUGUUGGCAGACAGCGUGGCUGAGUCUUGACAGUGACGUCUGCCAACAGCUGCUUGACCAGUACCAGCAGCAAGAAGGGGUGAAACCUGACAGUGAUCAGGACUGGACAACUGAGCCUGAGGAACAGUCUAAACAUCUGGGGAGGACAGCUGAGUUUGGAAUGCAUUCCAUAAUAAUUUGAGAUUGGUACUGUUAUUUCUGCCAAAGUGUGUGGAAACCCUUGCUGUAGGUGGCAAAAGGGCACUAAAGCAGAGGAAUGUAUUUCAACAGUUGAUCUUCCUGGCACAUACCAUUAUGUGAAUUAUUGGGGAGGAAAGAAAAACAAACUUUGCGUCUCGGGCCUUAAGCCAGUAAAGUUCUUGCAUUCCAGCUGUAUUUGUUCAGCUGUAGUCAUGUACUCUGGUUUCACUGACACAGUAUAGUCCUUGUCAUCUGACUUUGCUCUAAAUAAUAAGAACAAAACCUUCUCAUAAUGGUAUGGAAUUGUUUCUCAGUGCCAGUUCCAAAGUGUUUGUGGUUAGCCUAUCUUUCUGGUUUCCUCUUCUACCAUUCUGUUUGCAUUCAUGAAAACAGGAGCAAAAACUAUGACCUAGGGGCUUCUGUUUGAUACAGAGCAAAUAAGAACAGGAGAGGAUAAGAAAAGAUAUGUUAACCAGGUUUUAAAAUUAUAUGUUAAGAUCAAGUGAAAAGUGUUUUUCUCCCAAAACUCUAGAGCCAUUUAAGGUAACUGAAUAGGAUUUUGUGCAUGAUAUUCCAAGAAGUAUUUUCAUCAAGAAGUCUGCCAGAACUCCCAACUCUGAACAUCAGAUUUUCGAGGUCAGUAAAAUGAGCACCCAGCUUCCUGGGGAAGGUGAUGACUGGGGAAGGCAAUGGCAAGCCACCCCGCUAUCGUCUGCCAAGAAAACGUCGUGAAAGCGGCAUCCCCCCAAAGUCAGAUGUGACUCGGUGCUUGCGCAGGGGACCUUUCACCUUUCAUCACACUUAAUGUGGAGUCCUGUAACAAUAUCUUUUAAAAUCAACUUUUGUGUUUCUGAAACUAUUCACUCUCAAAGUUCCUUUGAAGUUUGGGAUAACAGUCUUCAGGAACAUGAGGUAAGAGUGAUGGGAUGGGAUGGAACAAGUACUAACUAAUUCCAUUAAAGGAUAAGAACAAAAUAUCUGGUGAUAAAAUUUAGAAUCUGCACUUAGCCAUAAUUUUUGCCGACCAAUGGUUUGGAUAAUCUUUUGUAAGUGAUUAAACAUGUUUGUAUAAUGUCUAUCUUUAUGUAGUAAAAUAGUAUAAUUCGUUGUUAUAUUUCAAAUUUCUGAAAUUAACUGAAUUUUUGCAUGUUCUGUUUGGAGAAUUUAGAGAGGAAAGAAAAUGUUCAACAGAGAGAAACUGUUUAGAUUGUGUUUGCCAUAGUUCAUGAUGGUUUAAGAGGGAAACCAAUACACCUAUAAAACCUGAAUUCUUUUAUGGUGAAUGCUUACAAGGGGAAAAGAAGGUCAGAAUAUGCAACUGGAGAGCUUGCAUGUGAACAAACAAUAUGAUUAUAAUAAAUGAGAAUAUCUGUGAAUUCAA